AUGGUUCCAAAUGAGUCCUCCCAAUACAUUGGGAUUAUCCGACUGCUUCAACAUUUUGGGUGGAUUUGGGUUGGGCUCUUUGCUAUUGAUAAUAGUCACGGAGAAUAUUUUCUGCAGACCAUGGAGUCCCUCUUUUCCCAGCAUGGAAUCUGCUCUGCCUGUACACAAAGGAUUCCCUUUUUAACCCACUGGGACAAUUUAUCUGAAAUGAUCGUUAUAGGGGAAACUAUUUACAACCACAUAGCUGAUGAGAAGAUCAAUACCUUUGUCGUCUGCGGAGAGACCUUGACGAUUGCAUGGAUCAUUAAUACUAUAUUCACGUUUGAUCCUAGACAUGAGAAGAUUUCCUUGGGAAAGGUGUGGAUCAUGACUGCCCAGAUUGUCUAUUUGUUAACUGGCAUGCAAACGAGAUGGGAUCGGCAGGCUUUGGAUGGUUCCAUUUUCUUUACAAUUCACUCCAAAGACAUUCCCGAGUUCAAGGAAUUCCUGAAGGUCAUAAAACCACCUUGGAUUCAAGAAGAUAGUUUUUUCCCACUUUUCUGGGAACAAGUAUUUGAUUGCUCCUUGCCAAUUCAUACCUUGACCCUUCCGGACAGUGAGAUUUGUACUGGAAAGGAGAGGAUGAAGGAUAUUCCUAAAGCUCUUUUUGAGCUGGAACUCUCUGGGCACAGCUAUAGUAUCUAUAAUGCGGUCUAUAUAUUGGGUCAAGCUUUACAUGAUGUUUCCUUACUUCGAUCUAACAACAGGCAUUUUUUGAGGCAUAAAUUAUCAGGAUAUCAAGAUUUACAACCAUGGCAGCUCCACCAGUUUCUGAAAGGCAUGAAAUUCAAUAAUUCUCUUGGAGAGACCUUGACUUUCUAUGAUCAAAAGAAGAUGGAGGGUGGAUUUGAUAUUAUAAAUAUAGCUGUCUUUCCCAAUUCCACUUACCAGAGAGUAAAGCUUGGAACAGUGAACCCUGAUACUCUCAAAGGAAAGGAAUUAGACAUAAAUGAAGACAUGAUAGUUUGGCACAGAUCAUUUAACCAGGUCCUCCCUGUUUCUCUGUGCAAUGACUAUUGCCACCCUGGCUAUCAGAAGAGGAAGAAGGAAGGAAAAAAAUUCUGCUGCUAUGAUUGUGUUCCAUGUCCAAAAGGGAAAAUCUCCAAAGAGAUGGAUAUGGUAGCUUGUGUCCAAUGCCCAGAAGAUCAAUAUGCAAACCAAGAAAGAAAUGGAUGCCUCCUGAAAAGGAUAAACUUUCUGUCUUAUGAAGAACCUUUAGGGUAUAAUUUAGCUUGUCUUGGUGCUGUGUUAUUCCUCAUUACAUCAUGGGUCCUGGGAACUUUUAUUAAGCACAAGGACAGCCCUAUUGUGAAAGCCAACAACCGGGAUCUCACCUACACUCUCCUUAUCUCCCUUCUGUUCUGCUUCCUCUGCUCUUUGCUCUUCAUUGGAAAACCUGGAAAAGUCACUUGUCUCCUCAGACAGUCUGCAUUUGGUCUCAUUUUCUCAUUGUCCAUCUCUUGUGUGUUGGCCAAAACCAUCCUUGUUUCUCUUGCCUUCAAGGCCACCAAGCCAGGCUCUCGGAUGAGGACAUGGGUGGGGAAAAGACUGGCUGUUUCUAUUGUCCUUUUCUGCUCAAUAUUCCAAGCAGGCAUCUGUAUUGUGUGGUUGUCAACCUCUCCCCCAUUCCCAGAGUUAGAUAUGCACUCAACAACUGAAGAAAUAAUUAUACAAUGCAAUGAAGGAUCAGUUUUUAUGUUUUAUUGUGUCCUGAGCUAUAUGGCUCUCCUUUCAUUUGCCAGCUUCAUUGUGGCUUUCCAGGCUCGUAAUCUUCCUGACAGCUUCAAUGAAGCCAAGUUCAUCACCUUCAGCAUGUUGGCUUUCUGCAGUGUGUGGAUCUCCUUUGUCCCAACCUACCUGAGCACCAGGGGAAAAGCCAUGGUGGCUGUGGAGAUCUUCUCUAUCUUGUCCUCCAGUGCUGGGCUUCUAGGCUGCAUCUUUUUCCCCAAAUGUUACAUUAUUGUUUUGAGGCCUGAUUUAAACCACAAGGAGCAACUGAUGAGAAGACAUGUUUAA